AUGCCUUUACAGCGCAGGAUGCACAUCUGGUCUUUUCUCCCAAACAAUUGCAUCUGGCUCUCCAUACGCAACUUCCCUCCUCUUAAGCCUGAGGUUUUUGACACUUUCGAUACAGAGAUGAUAAACCUGGACGGUGCAGGUGAACACUUCAAGGAAAUGCAAAAUGUGUUGAGUUUCGAUAACAAGUUGACUUGGGUCAAGGGUUGGUUUGGUGCGGUGUGUAUAGACACCAUACUGAAAAGAGCGACAGGUUCAGUCAAGGUACUUAUCUCACCAGAUUUCUAUUUCGUCAUUUCACAAACAGUUGAAACGAUUCAACUUGCAAGAAACGAACUGCCCUUUCAGCAAUUCAUGUCGAAUCCCAUUUUUGAUUCCAUCCUGGCAAUCCAUGAUCUGUGGUCGAGGAGUCCUGACCCAACUGCUAUCAUUGACGACCCUUGGAUCUGCCAUUGGAAAGACCGCUCGCCUCCUCCUUCUUUCGCUGUUUUCCAAGAGUUGGAUUCUGUUCAGAACCUGGUUGUUGCCACCAAGAACACUCGCUGGUACAAAAACAGUUUCCCACCCCCACCUUCACAUUUGCCUUCACCUCUGGUGCCCUUCAUUCUUUCUUCUUCCCCUGCUGUUCCUGCCGCUUCUGGAGAACCUGAGGCUGAUCCUUCAACGUUGCGUCGUCCCUCAAAGUGGCAAAGGUCGACUUUCGACAGGGUCCGAGUUCCAAAACUCCCCUCCUUGAGAGAAGAUGAGUACCCUGACGACGGUUUGCCUGGCAGUAGUAAGGACCUUCCGAAAAAGCGUCCCCACAUUCGCCCUGGUUGUCAAGAACGAGCGCAAGCACUUGCUCAAUGGCUUGAAAACAAUUUGGACGGUGAACAUGAAAGUUCGGAGAUCGAUUUUGUUGACAAGGUCCCACAGGGUUCUUGUAAGAAAGCAUCGCGAGGAGCAGGGAAAGGCAAAGCAGGCACAGGUGUAGAGUCCAAAAGGACCAAGCAUCCACUGACACUCGAAGAAGCCAAGCAACUGGAGGUGUCAAUUCGUGCCCCACCCAACGACUGGGCUGAUUCCACUGCUUUCCUAACCAUGCCUCCUAGUGAUACCACAAUACCUCCUCAGCCCGGCACGAAGGGUAUAAAAGCGCUGGAUCCUCAAGAGUGUACUCGCCACAUCCUUGCUCCACAACAACGUCCUCCGAUGAUGGCCCUCCGAGACCCUUGGUUGUUCUUCGUUUCAAGUCCCGCUGUGAUUCCCUCGCCGAAACAUUACUUGACAGCGAUCUGCAAUUUUUGGCCGAACCUCCAACCUGGUGUAACAUACUUGUUCCCCAGGAAUCCUUGUGAUAGUUGCAUGUCGCGCAGACAUCCUUGUAUGGUGGAACGCAAGUACUGGAACUGA